AUGGCUUUCACUACGAAUGCUACUAUCAACAGCUUCGGCGGACGCUUCCUCAAGCUCUCCCACAAGUCUGCCGUCACCGGCACACCCAUGAACGCAACUCUCUACCUCCCAGGCUCAGCAUCAUCUUCUAAGCCAGCUCCUCUUCUCAUCUACCUCUCCGGCCUCACAUGCACGCCCGACAACGUCACAGAGAAGGGCUUCCUCCAUGCUCACGCCUCCAAGCUCGGUCUUGCUCUUCUCUACCCAGACACAUCUCCCCGCGAGCUGGACUUACCCGGUGAGCACGACUCAUAUGACUUUGGCAGCGGAGCUGGCUUCUACAUCGAUGCCAAGAAGGACCCUUACAGCAAGCACUACAAGAUGGAGUCGUAUAUCACCAACGAGCUUCCCGACCUCAUCUUCAAGGAGUUUAAGGAGGUUGACUCCUCGCGAGUUUCUAUCUCUGGCCACUCUAUGGGUGGACAUGGUGCACUGACUCUGUUCCUCAAGAACCCCGGCAAGUACAAGAGUGUCAGCGCCUGGGCUCCUAUCUCCAACCCUUCUCAGUGCCCUUGGGGUGACAAGGCCUUCAAGGGUUACUUGGGUGAGGACAAGGAGGAGUGGAAGAAGCACGAUGCCACUGAGCUCAUCAAGAGCUGGAAGGGCAACUUCCCUGCUCUCAUUGAUGUUGGCACUGGUGACAACUUCUACAAGCAAGGCCAGCUUCUCCCCGAGAACCUUGAGAAGGCUGUCAAGGAUGCCGGCAUUGAGGGCUUGACUCUCCGCUACCAGGAUGGCUAUGACCACUCUUACUUCUUCAUCUCUACCUUCGGCGAAGACCACGUCAAGCACGCCGCCAAGGCUCUCGGACUCUUGUGA